CGAUAACUAACCAUCAUUUAACGCCGUACAUCGAUUCCCUACUUACAAUAUAAUAAAGAAGAAUGCUGGCAGUUGGUUUUGGUGUACUGUUUAUUGUUUUACUGUUGUUAAUACUAAUGUGGAUUAGUUCAAUGAACAGACAUUGGGAAAAAAAGGGAAUUAAAUUCUCUAAACCAUUUCCUUUGCUUGGCAAUUGCCUGCCAAUGAUUCUUAGCAAAAAAAGUUUCACAGAUAUCAUUGAUGACUUAUAUAAUGCACAUCCUAAUGAAUUGGUCAUUGGGUAUUAUGAAUUCGUAUCCCCAAAGCUUAUUGUAAGAGAUCUUGAAUUGGCAAGAAAAGUCUUAAUUAAGGAUUUCAGUUAUUUUGUUGAUCAUGUAUCAGAAAUGGAUAAUGUUGCAUGGGAUUCUCAGCUUUUUAUGUUGUCAGGAAAUAAAUGGAAAGCUCUGAGGCUUCAAAUGGCAUCAAUUUUCACCACAGGGAAAUUAAGAACAAUGUAUGACUCAAUGCCAGAUAUAGGAAAGAAUUUAUUGCAACACCUUGAUAAUAAGGUUGGAAAUGAUAUUGAUAUUCAUGAAUUAAUGAUCUUAUUUUCUAUGGAUAUGAUUGGGUCAACUGCUUUUGGCAUUGAUGUUGGAAGUCUAAAUAAUCCUAACUCAGAAAUUAUGCAAAUGGGGAAGAAAAUAAUCGAUGUCGGCUUUCUAUCUGUGAUGCAUUUUUGGCUGUACCUGCUGUAUCCAAAAUUAGGAAAUAAAAUUGGAAUACCUCAUGUCUAUAGAGAAGUGAACAAUUAUUACAGUGAGAUACUUAAAAAUACCAUUAACUAUAGAAAAGCCAAUAAAAUACAAAGAAAUGAUUUUAUUGAAAUGAUGAUUCAGCUAAGAGAAAAAGGAAAACUUGAGCUGAAAAAUCUAGAUCCAGCUAAUGAUUAUCUAACAAGUGAAUUAGUUUUGAACUCACCUGAAAUGUUAAAUAUCACAGACGAUCUACUUAUGGCACAAGCUCAUGCUGUUUUAACUGCUGGUUUUGAAUCUACUUCCCUUUUAUUGACUUACACUAUGGUUGAAUUAUGUAAAAAUACUGAUAUACAGGAUAUUGCUAGGAGAGAAAUAAUGUUACAAGUCAAACUAAAUGGUGGCCUUACAUAUGACGCAUUAAAGAAUAUGAAGUAUCUGGAUCAAGUAAUUAAAGAAACUCAAAGGUUUUAUCCUUUCACACCUGUUCUCAUGAGAAUAUGUACCAAAGAUUAUACAUUAGCUGAUGGUUAUGUUUUAAAAAAAGGAGAUCCAUUGUACAUUCCUGUGGCAUCCAUUCACAAAGAUCCUAGUAUUUUUCCAGAGCCAGACUCAUUCAAACCUGAAAGAUUUGAAGACUCUCAACAACCAACAGCUUUUAUGGCAUUCGGAGCUGGACCAAGAAUGUGUAUAGCGGUGAAGUAUACAUUACUUAUAAUGAAAUAUGGCUUGGCUCUGCUCUUGAUGAAUUAUGAAGUAAAACUUUCUCCAUUGACUAAGCUUCCAAUCAAGUUUACCAACAAGAAAUUUGGAAAUUGUGAAACUGAGAAAAUAUUGUUUAGUUUUGAAAAAUUGGUUAAAGAACAUUGAACCUACUAUUUAAUAUGUGAUCACUAGGAUCCGGAUCUGAAGAUCUAAAUUCUCCCAUGAAUAGAUUGUAAAAUUCAAUUUUUUGAUUUAAAAAAGAUCUUAAACCAUUUAUUAAAAAUUGUAUAUUGUAAACCAUACCAUAGUAUUUGUAGAGUUUAAACAUGAAAAACUGAUGGAACAGAAAAAUAACUGACUUUGUAACUAACAAUACAGCAGUGUAAACAGCGUUGAGUUGUGGUAAAAGUCAUUGAGGUAUUUCUACGUAGAUAAAUUUAGAGCUUCAAAAAUAGAAAAUUAUGUAAAAUUUAAUAAGUAAUAAAAAUUUCAAUAAUAGUGGAUUGAUGAGUGACUGCGGUGAAUAAUUGAAGAAACGUUGGUUAGUUUGUUCAGUCAAAAAUAAAUAAGUGAUAUUUAUUUUCAUUUUUGCCGACAUUUUGGCCUAAUGUUCAGGCCUUUAUCAGGGUUGAACUUCAUAAUAUAUCAUUUAUAAAUAAAUAUCAUGUAUUUAUUUUUGACUGAACACCUCAACGAACUUCUCUUCAAUAAAAAUUUCCAUUUUAUAACAAACGUAAUAAUAAAUAUUCUUGUUUGAAUGUAUCUUUUAAGUCGACAACCCACCUCUUUUAACUACUUAAUGUCUUUUCAUAACUUUACUUUUAAGUGAAAUUUUUUUUUUAUUAAUUUAAAUCUUUUUUUUUAUUACAAACUUGCAAAAAACAUAAAGAAAUAUCCUAUAAGAUUUUGUAUUUGAAAUCCACAACUCAAGAUCGGUGUAGAUCUGUUGAGAACUAUUUUUUCCCUUAAAUGAAAAAAAAAAAGGAGAAAUGCUAAAAAUCCGGGCUCUACUGAUCACUGAGUGGCAACAUGUAUGUAGUAAUAGUAUUUAUUCAUGUGCUUACAUAUAUGUUUUCUUGCGCUUAUUAGAUGAUUAUUAUGGUAAUUUGUGUAUGAAAAAAUUGUAAUUUGUAAUGUUUUGGUUAUUUAAUGAAACUUUUGUAUUUAUUAUACCAUUUCAAACUAAAUAUUUAUAGAAACUUUCUUGGUCCCACAAGCCCAGAGGUGAAUUUCUAAUUCUACUCUCUUAUUCAAAUCCAUUUCAUCUGAGGUACUGUCACUUUAAAUCUGAAAUGCUGAAGAUUUCAAGGGUUUUCUUUCUCACCUCAAUGUCAAUUAUCAAGAAAUGAUUUUCUAGACAAAUAUGAAUUUAUUCAGAUAAAAAUAGAGUACUUAGUAAAAUCGUUUUUAAUAUUGUAAAAAUGAAACUUCAUAGUUUUCAUUUUGUAAGAUCAUUUUUAACUGUUUUAAAAUAUUAGUAUGAUGAUAUCUUUACAGCAUCAUUUAUAGAACUGCUGAAUAGGCAAAUAUCUAAUUUGUAAGUAAUAAAUCAUUCAUUCAAUUGAUUGUUAAUCAUACAUUGUAAUAUAAGAAAUUUUAUUAGAAUAAAUGAAUUAAUGAUGUAUUUAUUUAUAAUUUAUUGAUUUUUUUUACCUUUUUGAAGAUGCGAGUUUUCAUUAAAACCCAC